GGGCUAGGCGUAGGGGGCAGGGUAGACUUCGUAUCAGGGGUGAGGGAAUUUUGAAGACUUGGGAGGCUUCUGGGGGCCCACGUGCUGAAGAACAGUUUCUCUGAUAUUCAGGGCCAGUGGAUCGGGAAAUCCGAACGUUUGGAAGCUCAGCUUGAGACAGAGGAUAAAGCAGAGGUGCAGGGAGGGAUCUUGACUUACUCAGGGCCACCCCAACCAGAAAAACCUCUUGCCCUAGGUGACCCCAUGUGUUACAGGGUACUGCUCCAUAGGGUUUUCCUGGCAGUUUGAACCUACCCAGCAGCUCCAUGGAAGAAAAGACGUGUUUAUCUGUUCCCGUAAAGGUUACAGCCUAGGUAACCCUAUGGGGCAGUUCUAUCUUGUCAUAUAUAGGGUCGCUACGAGUCGGAAUUGACUUGAAGGCACACAACAGUUUUUACAGAAGCGGAUUGCCAGGCCUUUCUUCCACAGUGCUGCUGGGUGGGUUCAAACCAUUAACCUUUUGAUUAGUUGUUGUUAGGUGCUAUGAAGUUGAAUUCAACUCACAGCGAUUUUGAUUAGUAGAGGAAUGCAAAGUUUGUGUCACCCUGGGACCUGUUGCCCUAUCCAGGCAGCUCCUAUUUCCAAGCUCCCCAGGGAAAGAAAAUCCCCUGCAUCUGCCCCUAAGGUAAAGAUGUGACCAUAUCCUAGCUGCACUGCAAAAAUAGUCUUUUUUUUCCUGGUAGCUGAGCAUUUGAUUCUCUACCUGUGGGAGCUGUUUCUGAUUUAUGGCUGUGCUUUAAGACUCAGCAGGCAGGGAGUGUGUUGUGAGCCUGGUCUCUAGCUACUCCUUUCUCCUUCCCCCAGCUCUGCCUUUCAGGGUCACUGCCCUUCUUCACCAAGAGAGGAGCUGCAAGCAGGAGGCAGCUGGGGCAGGAAUUGAGCUUCCUAAAGCCAUGUCCCAGGUGAGUUAGUAUUUCACCUCCUUGAAACAUGGUCUUGCUUUUCAGGACUUCGUAAUGUUUAUUUUCUUUUAAAAGUUUUCAGUUUAAGAGUUUUGUCCCAGGACCUGGUUCCUUUUUCCUCACAUUCUGGCCGGGGCCUGCCUCCUUGCUUCCUUUUCAUCCAAUCCAUGUUUAUUCUCCUUGAAGAAAUGAUUGAUCCCCUCCCUGUGCCAUUUUCUCAGAGGGACUAAAUGAAUGGAGGUGUACUCAUUAGGGGAAACAUGGUAGCCACUUAACGAUGUACCUGGUUUGGUCCCCAGUUAAUGCCAAACAAACAAAAACCAAACUUUGCUGCUGAGUAAGUUCCAAUUCAGGGUGACCCCAUGUGUUACAGAGUAGAACUGUGCUGCAUAGGGUUUUCUUGGCUGUAGUCUUUACGGAAGCAGAUCUCCAGGCCUUUCUUCUGUGGUGUCUGUGGGUGGGUUCCAACCACCAGCUUUUUGGGUAGUAGUUGAGCUCAAACCAUUUCUGUUACCUAGGGACUUCACUUAAUGCCAGCCCUUGGAAAAACAAAUGGCUAAGCCCCAUGGUGGAAAGCCAGGGAGGCAGAUGGGUUUCUGGAGUGCGAUAGUUGUUGUGCAGAGGUCUGGACCAAGUAUUGUGAGAGUGGAUUAGAAGGAGCCCCUGGCUUCUAGCUGCCUGUGGGAGAAGGGUUGGGAGUGCUUCACUGAGGAGGUGAUUUUGGAACAGUGUCUUGAAGGAAGAGGAGAUGCUGGGCAGGCGGCAGAGGGUAGGGUCAGCAUUUUAGCCAGAGGAGACACAAUAUGAAAGGUGUUUUUUUUUUCUGCUUGCUUGUGUGGCUUUCUUAAAAUACUGAUAAACAGUUUUGUUUGUUCCUGUCAGCUGUGUAUCAUAAAUACGUGGUGGCGGUGGUUGUGUGCUGGCGAGUCCAUUCCAACCUGUAGCAACCCUGUAGAACUGCCCCAUAAGGCUUCCUAGGCUGUAAUCUUUAUGGGAGCAGAUCUUUCUCUCAUCUUUCUCCCACAGAGCUGUUGGGUGGGUUCCAACUGUUGACCUUUUGGUUAGCAGCCAAGCACUUAACCCAUUGUACCACGAGGGCUUCUUAAAUAUAUAAUAGCCAUCUCAUAAAUUUACGGACCAGUCUCCAGUUAUUCCACCCAAAUUGGUUUUUAGAAGGUUACCAGUGGACUCUGUAUUACCAAAGACAGUGGUCAAUUCCUUGUCCUCAUCUAUUUUGACUAUCACUGGCAUUUGAGAUAGAUCAGAGAUCAGCAAACAUUUUCAGUAAAGGGCCAGAUAGUAAAUAUUUUAGGUUUUGCCAGUCAUGUGGUCUCUAUUGCAGGUACUCAACUUUGCCAUAGUAGUUUGAAAGCAGCCACGUUGUUGUUAGUUGCCACUGAGUUGGCUGUGACUCAUGGUGAAAGAAAUGCUGCCCCGUUCUGCAUCAUCUUAGUGAUCACUGGUGUGUUUAAGCCCAUUGUUAAAACUAUUGUGCCAGUCCACCUCAUGGAGGGUUUCCCUCAUUUUGGCUGACUCUCUACUUUACCAAACAUGAUGGCUUUUUCUAGUAAUUGGACUUUGCAGAAAGCAGCCGUACCAAAAAAAUCAGACCCGUUGCUGUCAAGUCAAUUCCAACUCAUAGCAACCCUAUAGGACAGAGCAGAACUACCCCCAUAGGAUCUGCAAGGCUGUAAAUCUUUGCAGAAACAGACUGCCACAUCUUUCUCUCACAGAAUGGUGGGUUCGAACAACCAGCCUUUCAGUUAGCAGCUGAGUGCUUAACCACUGCACCACCAGGGCUCCUUGAAAGCAGCCGUAGACAGUAUGAAAACAAAUGGGCAUGGCUGUGUUCAAAAAAAAAAAAAAAACUUUAUUUACAAAAACAGGCUACCGCCAGCCCCUGAAAUAGCUCAUCCCUCACUCUCCAAAGGAACCCUUUUCCAUUAGCUUCUAGGAUCCCACACUUGCCUGGUUUUCCUACCACCAUCCUGUCUUUUCCUCCCCAGUUCCUAUUGCUGGUUCUUCCUUAUCUCCCUGACCCUGAGCUCAGAAAUGUGUUCUUAACCUCUUCUUUUUUCUUCUGUCUGCACACCUUCCCUGGGUGAGACGUGCUGGUUUCUUGUCUGUAAAUACUAGCCUCCUACUGACUUCUCCCAAAUGCAUUUCUCCAGCCCAAACCUUGACUCUGAUUUUCAGGCCUGUGUAUUUAUCUUGGAUCCUUGAAUUGGAUGUCGAAUAGGUAACUCAAACCUGACAUUUCCAGGUCCCGAAUUCCUGAUUGUUGUCGUUGGGUGCCGUUGAACUGAUUCCAGCUCAUGAUGACCUCAUGUGACAAAACUGAUUACUUGGCUGUAGUCUUUAUGGAAGCUAGUCACCAGGCCUUCCUCCCAUGGAGCUGCUGAGCUUAGUGACAUUUGGCGAUGUGGCCGUGAUUUUCUCCCAAGAUGAAUGGGAAUGGCUGAACCCUGCUCAGAGGAGCCUGUACAGGAAUGUGAUGUUGGAAAACUACAGGAGUUUGGUCUCCCUGGGACUUUGCAUUUCUAAGCCUGAUAUCAUCUCCUUACUGGAACAAGGAAAAGAGCCCUGGAUAAUGAAGAGAAAGAUGACACAGGGCCAGGGCCCAGACUUGAAGCCUUUGCAGGAGACCAAACAGUUACCUCCAAAGAAGGACUUUUGUGAAGAAAAGUUAUCCCAGGCAUUGAUCAUGGAGAGACUUACAAACUAUAGCCUGGAGUGCUCCAUAUUAGAAGAUUGGGGUUCUGCUGCUCUGUUUGUGAAACAGCCGGGCUUGGUGAUUGUUGGGGAUGUGGCUGUAGACUUCUCCCAGCAGAAGAGUUUCUGUAAGAAUGUGACAUGGGAGAACUAUGGUGACCUGGGGUCAGUAGGACAUAGUGUUUCUAAGCCAGAUUUGGUCUCCUUAUUGGCACAAGGUAUGGAGCCCUGGAUGGUGAAGAGAGAGUUGACAGGAGGCCUGUUCUCAGGCCAGCAGUCUGUACGUGAGACCCAGGAAUUCUUUCCAAACCAGGACACGUACAAUAAAAUGGCAACGGACCGAAUUUCAGACACUAACCUUGAGUACUCCAUUUUCAGAGAAAAGUGGGAUUCUGAGGGUUUGUUUGAAAGGAAGCUGGUAGGUCAGGAGACACAAUUUAAGCAAGAAAUCAUCACUCACAGCAAAACCCUCUCUAAGGAAAGAGACCAGAUGUAUACCAGAUCUGGAAGAUGGUUCUAUUUGGACAAUUCAAAAGAUAAGGUUCACAAUUGUGAUUUGAUUAAGAAAGGUUUCUCAAAAAACUCAGUGGUAGUAAAACACACAGGAAUCUAUGCAGGAAAAAAACUCUUCAUAUGUAAUGAAUGUAAGAAAACUUUUACCCAGAGCUCAUCCCUUACGGUUCAUCAGAGAAUUCAUACUGGAGAGAAACCCUAUAAAUGUAGUGAAUGUGGGAAAGCCUUCAGUGAUGGUUCAUCAUUUGCACGACAUCAGAGGUGUCAUACUGGCAAUAAGCCCUAUGAAUGUAUCGAAUGUGGGAAAGCUUUCAUACAGAACACAUCCCUUAUCCGCCACUGGAGGUAUUAUCAUACUGGGGAGAAACCUUUUGAUUGCAUUGAUUGUGGGAAAGCCUUCAGUGAUCACAUAGGGCUUAGUCAGCAUAGAAGGAUUCAUACUGGAGAGAAACCUUACAAAUGUGAUGUAUGUGACAAAUCCUUUAGGUAUGGCUCAUCCCUUACCGUGCAUCAAAGGAUUCAUACUGGAGAAAAACCAUAUGAGUGUGAUGUUUGUAGGAAAGCCUUCAGCCAUCAUGCAUCGCUCACUCAACACCAGAGAGUGCAUUCUGGAGAAAAGCCUUUUAAGUGUAAAGAAUGCGGGAAAGCUUUUAGGCAGAAUAUACACCUUGCUAGCCAUUUGAGAAUUCACACUGGAGAGAAGCCAUUUGAAUGUGGAGAAUGUGGGAAAUCCUUCAGCAUCAGCUCACAGCUUGCCACCCACCAGAGAAUUCAUACUGGAGAAAAGCCCUAUGAAUGUAAGGUGUGUAGUAAAGCCUUCACCCAGAAGGCUCACCUUGCCCAGCAUCAGAAAACACACACGGGAGAGAAACCCUAUGAGUGUAAAGAAUGCGGCAAAGCCUUCAGCCAGACCACGCACCUUAUUCAACAUCAGAGGGUUCAUACUGGAGAGAAGCCCUAUAAGUGUAUCGAAUGUGGGAAGGCCUUUGGUGACAACUCAUCCUGUACUCAACAUCAGAGACUUCAUACUGGCCAAAGACCUUACGAAUGUAUUGAGUGUGGGAAGGCAUUCAAGACAAAGUCAUCCCUGAUUUGUCAUCGCAGAAGUCACACUGGAGAGAAACCUUACGAAUGCAGUGCGUGUGGCAAAGCCUUUAGCCAUCGUCAGUCCCUUAGUGUCCAUCAGAGAAUUCAUUCUGGAAAGAAACCGUAUGAAUGUAAGGAAUGCAGGAAAACCUUCAUUCAAAUUGGACACUUGAAUCAACACAAAAGAGUUCAUACUGGAGAGAGAUCCUAUAACUAUAAAAGAAGUAGGAAAGUCUUUAGGCAGACUGCAUCCUUUGCUCAUCAUCAGAAAAUAUGUGCUGGAGAGUCAUCAACAAGCCCCUCUUUACCUCCUUCAUCAAGUCCUGUGGACCUAUUUCCCAAAUUUCUCUGGAAUCCAUCCUCACUGUCAUCACCAUAGUCUCAAGACAUCAUCACAUCACCUAGACUACAUCAGUAGUUUAAAAAGUGAUGUCUCUGCCCUUUUGUUUUGUUUUUGUCUUAUAAGCUUAUUCUUCACUUUACAGUCAGAGUGAUUUUUUGUGAUUCUUUGACUCAAGUAAAACUUGUGUUGAGAUUCUUUAAAUUGGUUAAUGCAUACAGUGUGCUUGGCACAGUGUCUGGGCCAUGCUAAGUGUUCAAUAAUGUUAGCUCUUUCAGAAACAUUAUUUUUGGACAUUGAAGAAUUACCGUAGUCUGCUCUGAAUAAAAAGGACGCAUAGAACAAGCUAGGAGAACCCAGAUUUUAGAACAGGAACAGGAGUUCUUGAGGUGGAUUGAUGAGGUUUAGCCUAUGUGGAUUUGAAACUUGAUUCCAUGAUGUUAAGUUAGUGUUGUGGCUUUAUAUCUUAAUUAAAUGAACUUUGGUGAGAAAAUUCAACCUUACUGUAUAUCUGAUGACAGUCUUAGAAAGUACGUACAGAACAUGGAUGAGUGGACUACCUGAAACAGAAGAACUAAGCCAUUCCGAAAAAUGCAAGAUUUAUGUGCAUAGAGUUAAAAUUACUGACAUGUUUCUCAAAAAUUAAAAAAGAACAGGAUCUGAUCUAUUUAAAGUCACUUGGAUUUAUAACUGAAAUCUGUUAAACUUUCAGGCAGUCAUUAACUCAAAGGUAAACUGAUCUAGAGCGGGGUCAGCAAACUAUGACUUGCGGCCAAAUUUCCACUGGCUGUUUUUGUAUGGGGGUCCCUGGAUGGUACAAACAGUUAAUGCACUUCGCUCCUAACUGAAAGUUUGGACGUUCAAGUCCACCCAUAGGCAUCUCAGAAGGAAGGCCUGGCAAUAUACUUUGGAAAAAUCAACCACUGAAAACCCUGUGGAACACAGUUCUACACUGACACACAUGGGGUCACCAUGAGUUGGAAUUAAAGCAACUAGUUGGUUGGUUUUUAUACGGCCUGGGAGCUAAGAGUAAUUUUUACAUUUUUAAAUAGUUGAUAAAAGUGAAAAGAAUACUUUAUGACAUCAUGAAAAUUAUAUGGGAUUCAAGUUUCAUUGCUCCUGAAGAAGUUUUAUUGGAACAUAGCCACACUCUUUUGUAUGCAUAUUGUCUGUGGCUGUUUUCUGAAGGCUACAACAGCAGAGUUGAGUAGUUGCAAUAGAGACUGUAUGGCUCACAAAGCCAAUAGUAUUUAUGUCUGGUUUUAUGGAAAAUGUUUGCCAAUCCCUGCGGUAAAGCAGAGGUCAGCAAACUACAGCCCAUAGGCCUUAUCCAAUCUGCUGUUUUUGUAAAUAAAGUUUUAUUGGACUACAGCCACAUUCAUUUGUUUACGUGUUGACUCUGGCUACUUUCAUGGUACAGUGGCAGAGUUGACUAGUUGCAAAAGAGGCUAUAUGGCCUGCAAAGCCUCAAAUAUUUACUGUCUGUCCUUUUACAGAAAAAGUUUGCUGAUCACUGUUCAGGAGCAGAGAAAAAUAUUUAAGAACUAAUUCUUUCUAUAAAGGUAUUACAACUCUGACAUCUAAAACAAGAAAGCAAACUGUAAGCAGUUUAUUGAAUGUAGGUGAAAGGAAAUUAUUAAACAAUAAUGGAAAAUAGAAAAUAUGUGAAAGUGUUUUUUUAGAUGAAAGACUCAGUGCUCUUAAAAUGUUUGUAAAUUGCAGUUCCAAACAUAAUCCCAGUAGGAUAUGUUUACCUUGACCAUUUUAUUUGAAACAACAUGAGGAAGGAUAAUUAGGCAAGAAUAGCAAGGAGGUUUUCAAACUACAUUUCUGUGCAUGUGAGAUUUUGGUAUAUAACAAAACUGUCUUUUAAUACUGGGGAAAUGAUAUUUUGAGAAUUGGUUAUUCACCUCUCCGUAAAAAAGCUAAAUGCAUACUUCAGACAUUAAGAGCAACAUGUACAAUUUUAUUUAACAUCUCGAUGAAAGGAUAAUUAAAUGUUAGAGGCAAACAUAGAAAAGAGGAAGGCUUUAUUAAGCAGGGCAUGGAAUCCUAAAAAUCCGUAAAGGAAGAGAAUAAGUUGGCCUGUGUAAAAAUUUAAAUUUCUGCAUAGUGAAAGGCACCAAAAAGAGUUGAAACACAAUUGAGAGAAAACAUGUGUAACAUAUAUACAAUAACGUCAGUAACAAAGAAAGUGCUAUUAGAUGUACAAAGCAGUGGAAAAAAUUAGCAUACCAGUGGGCAUUGCCCAAUUGAAGAAUUCAAAUAUAUAAAGGAAGUUUGUGACGUUCUUAACCUCAUAAUCAGAGAAAUGCAAAUUCAAACAAAUUCUCUUGGUUCUCGGUUUAAUUAAAAUGUAAAAUUUGGAUAAUAUCCAGUACCGUUAUCAUGUAGGAAAACAGAUACUUGUUUGCCAUUAGCACUGUAAAUUUCUCUCCUACUGUUUUGGAUACGAUAUGGUGUGGCCUGUCAACAUUAUAAAUAUGCAUUCCUUUUGAAACAGUAAUUCCAGAUCUAGGGAUUUUAUCCCAUUGAAAUAAAUAGAUGUAAAUAAUGCUUUUGCAGAAUUGUUUUAAUUGCAACAAAUAGGAUUUCAGUGUCCUGUCAAGCAGCUUGAUUAAAUAAACUGCAGUUAUGCAAUACUGUAUUAUGCAGUGAAUAGAAAGAGGUUACCUGUAUGUCUAAUUCCAUGGAGAGUUGUCACCAUAUAUUAAAUGAAGUAUGUGAUUUGCAGAACAUUAUGUGUAAAUUUAUCUGGUAGUCGUAGAGUCAAAAUUAAUAUUGAAUAUACAGUCAUGCGCUGCUUAACGUCCACAAUAAGUUUUGUGAGAUAGGACGUUAUAUGAUUUGGACGUUGUGCGAACACUGUAUUAUAUACAGGCAGUCCCUGGAUUAUGAACGAGUUCUAUUCCUAAAUCUGUCUUUAAGUCAAAUGUGUACGUUUAAGUUGGAACAGGUAGGUACGAUUUGUAACUAAUGUCAGUUAGUAAAAUGUUUGUCUUAGUAUAUAGUGUACCUUUCUAUGCAUAAAAAACAUUAAACACUUCCAGAUACACUAAAACAUCUUUAACAUAAUAUAGUAAUAAUAAUGUUUUGAUGAGUGCCACAAAGUAGCGUCCAUUUGUUAUUAGGAACCAUUGUAUGUGCCUCGAAUUUUUAAUAUAAUAGGCUUUACAGGGGUUGGGACCACAGACAUAAAUGUGGUGGAACAUUGCCCAAAGGGACGUUAUGUGGCACAUAACUGUACACGAUGAAAUCCAUUUUUGUCUUUAACAGGUACACUUAGCUCUUUCUGGGCACUUUCCCUUUCCCUUUUUUUAUUCCAUAUUAUCCUGGUGACCUGCCAGCCAUACUUGGGCCCAGUCAAGCUAGUCAGAUUUUUUAUUCUUUGUCAUUUGAUUGGAGACAAGGGUAUAGGAACAGGGCUGAUAGUCAGCUUUAUGAACCAGUAUGGCCAUAAUGGGUGGUUUCUUUCAGUCAGGAUCCAUUUCGAUUGGUUGAGUCCCUUACUGUACCAGCUGGUAGACAUCUGGACUAUCACUCCAGCACAGAAGUACUUGGAAUUGAGUUAUCCUUUGGCAGCAAAGUUGUUCUGUUCCUCUACCUAUCACUGUGAUCCAUUUAAAUGGCUCCUGUUUUCUUAUACCUGAGUUUUCUUCAGGUCUUUUAAGUCUGUGAGCUACCUGUUCGUCCAAUAUCUAGCUUCUAAUUUGAAAUUAUAGUCAGGUUCUUUUGUUCUCAAGCAAAGAAAUUUAGUCAAUACAGAAAUUUUAGUAGAGAAUGGUUUUCAGGCCACAGAGAAGCAGAGUAUUAAGGAUUGAUUUUGAAGUGAAAUAGACCAAAGGUAAACUCUUAAUAGUAUUUUGUAAUAGGGAAGGCUAUUCAUGGUGUAGCAGAAUCACAAACCCAUAGCACAUGUGGUAGAUGACUCUUACCACAGAUUAACUGAAAGAUGAUGAGGAAUGCUAAGUUCAAAAGUAUGUUUGCUCCUUGUUAAUAAUGAAAUUGGAUAAUUAAAAGUAAAAGGCCACUUGAAAUACUGGCCUUAAGAAAGUGAAAUCAGGAUCUCAUGACUGUUCAGAAGAAUCUCUUGCUGCUUCUAAUCAUGGAGUUGCAGUUGCUGAAAGCCAAAUGCAACAGGUCCAAUGCAUUGCUGAGCUGUGAUGCUGACUGAAUGCUCAACUGCAUUUGCUUGUAAAUGUAAUUGAAGUCAUUAUUUCCAGAAGAUUUAAAUCCAGGUUAUUGGAUUGGAGCUCUCAGUAAGGAUUUAAAGAUCUUAGAAAACUUUGACUUCCCUUCUCAAACUUUAAGAAACCUCCCGGCUAAUUGUCCCUUGUGACAGAAAAUGCUUAAUUUGCUUCUAGCCGCACCAUUAUUGCUUGGCUGGUAACAAAAUCUGAAUUGAAUGUGACCCAGAGGUAGAAAUACAGAAAGAUAGGAGAUUAAUUUCAUCCAGAAAUAUUUAAUAUCUUCCACUAAUUAUACCAUCAAAAUCUAGGAGACAUUUUUGGAGAUGUAUUUUGAGAGAAGUUACUUUGCGUGUUAUAUGAGGACUUGGAAGAAUUCAAGAGAUUAUAUAUGCUAGAUUGGAUCUUUUUUUCCCAUGCCCCUAAGUCAUCUUUUGCAAGGUCCCCUAAUGUCCCAGUAGCCUUUCCAUUUCUUUGACAUGAAAGAACCACCAGCAUCUUUAAAAUUUUCUUUAUGGCUCCUCCUUUAGGUACUGGGACUUACGAGAGUGAUUACAUUUGGAAAGUGUACUGAUUUCUGUAGUAAAUUAUGGCAUGUGUAGCAGCUGAAUUACACGGCAACAGUUAACCAUGCUGAGAAAGUGAGAAUGGUCAUAAUAAACCUCUGAACUCCAGGAACAUUCUGAUAUGCUGAUAUUUUCCUGUAUUUAAUAAUAGAUCCCCAGGGUUGAAAUCCCACUAAGGUCUGGUAAUUAAGAACACUCCAUGGCACAGCACCCAAGGCCCACAUUGACUUGAGUCAAUGGAAAGGGACGUGAGUACUCUUGAAUGACUAAAUUUCCAGUAGAAUUCCUGAAGGACCUGAAUUUACGCAGAGUGAGGGCUUAUGAUGGAAUUCUUAUCCAAGUGUUGCUUAUAGCAGGUUCAGUGAGACCACAAACCCAAGCUGGUUAUUUUCCCAGGUCCUGGUAACACACUUCUUAAUGGUAUCUAUGAUUAUGACAAGAUGCUCACCAAAAAUUUAUGCUUCAUUUUCUGUUGUCUGGAAUUGAUUCUGAUAUGUGGCUGCCCAGCCACAAACUACAUCCAGUUGUGGCUAUUAGAUUAAUUUUCUUCAAUGUGGUGUGAAUACACGUGAUGUGUCACUUGUGGCCAGUUAUUCAGCAGAGGACAUACUGUCCAGCUGCAAAAAGAACAAUUGCAAUCGUGUGGGAUGGCAGACCUGCAAGAUGGAAGAAGUCUGAGUCCCUACACCAGUAUUUGCAGGAAAGCCUGCAGUCACCUAGGAACUUCAACAAUGGGUUAUUAUGUAAGUGAAAAAUAAACUUCUGUUGUGUUAAGGUGAUGGCAUUUGGGUUUUAAUUGUAGUAGCUGCUAGUGUAAUCCUAAUCAAUAUGGUAUUUUUGACUACCGAUAGAAUCCCUCACUCACAAAGUCAUGGAGUAAGAGCUGUGAAGGUGCAUUAUCUAUUGUGUAACAAAGUGCCCCAAAACUUAGUGGCUUAAAAGAGACAUUUAUUAUCUCAGUUUCUUUGGGUAAGAAAUCCAGGCAUGGUUUAGCUGAGUGCCACUGGCUCAGGGUCUCUCUCACAAGAUUGCAGCUAAGGUGUUGACAGGUACUACAGUCAUGUGCAGACUUGAGGAGAAUCAGCUUUCAAGUUCACAAAUAUAAAUGUUGACAAGCCUCAUGUCCUUGAUUUUUUUGACUGGAGCUGUCAGUUCCUUUCCAUGUGGGAUUCUCUCUAGGGUGGCUUACAACAUGGUACUGGCUUCCCUGAAAGGGAGUGAGGACGAAAGGGUGCCCAAGAUGGAAACUGAAGUCUUUUUGUAACCUCAUAUUAGAAGUGACAUCCCAUUAUCUUUGGCAUAUUCAGUUUACUAGAAGUGAGUCACUUUCAAGGGGAGGGGAUUACACAAGGGCAUAAAUACUAGGAGGGUGAGGCUCAUGGGACAUCUUACAGGCUGCCUACCAUAGUCUAAGGAGCCCUGGUGUUACAGUGGUUAAGUGCUCAACAGUUAACCAAAAGGUUGGUGGUACAAACUGACAAGCUGCUCCUUGGGAGAAAGAUGUGGCAGUCUGCUUCCAUAAAGAUAACAGCCUUGGGGCAUUUCUACUGUAUACUAUAGGAUGGCUAUGAAUCAGAAUUGAUUUGACGGCACACAACACCACCACCCCCAAAGUCUGCCUUCUGGCCCCUAGUGAUUAAUGUUCCUUCCACAUGUGUCCUCCCCACACACUGACCUCCCAAAACCCCAUCCAAAGUCUCAUCUCAUUACACCAUCAGCUCAAAGUCAAAAUCUUGUCAUCUAAAUCAGGUCUAGAUGCUGAUGAGUCUCCUCUGGUGUAGUUUCU